UCUCUCUCUUCUAAACCCAUUCUCUCAAAUCUUUCCUUCAUUCUUCUUUUUCUUCUUCUUCUUCAGGCCAUCAUACACACACGAACACAAUCGCUAGUCUCGAACUUCAUCCUGUGACCUAUCUCUAUAUAAUUCUCUCUCUUUCUUGCUUUUGAUUCCUAGAUUAAUUUUCAUGCAAAUCAAGCUGAUUAAGACGUACAUGACUGACACUAAUAGCUAUGACUCUCUUCUCUUUCUGAUUGAAGCAAUAUCUCUCUACUGAGAAAAAGCAUGUGCAGCAGCAUCUUUGGCUCAAUCAUGGACAACAAUUUUCAUCAAGGCGAUUUAACUGAUAUAUUCCGUGCAAGUAGCGGCGGUGGCAGCGGUGCCGGAGGUGGUGGCCGUGGCGGUGGUUCUUAUGGCACUUCUUCUUCAGCAUCUGAAUUAGCUCCUCAUGAUCUCUCUUCUACUUCAUCAGAAAGCUGGCACCACCACCACCACCAGAUGAAUUUCUCUUCUGUGAUAAUGGAAGAUUCUCUCAGAGCCACCAACUUUUUUGGCGACCCGUUCUCGAACAUGCGAGAUCCCUUUCUUCAAGACCUUGAUUUCCCCUUACCUUCUUCCUACUUCAGUUCUGCAAUUAAUAAUUCUGCCAUGGAAGAUGCAUCGCCUGGUUUUUCUGAUUCUUCUGUUGUUUUGUCGUCUCAUCACAAGCUUGUAGAAGAUGAUAUGAGAAUAAGGCCCCCUGUAGCAGCAGCAGCUUGUAACAACAACACCAUAUUCUCCAACAUGAUUCAGAUCUCUCCCAACAGUAUGAACGCCAAAUUACCACCACCGGUUUCACCCUGCGGUUCUCCUUCGGUGAAUAUCGCCGCCGCCGCCAUAAAUUCUUCAUCUUCGUCAUCCUUGCCGCUGUCGUCGCCACGGGGAAUCGAGCCUUCUUCUUCUUCUUCUUCUUCUUUGGUUUCUGCUGGCAACUUGAAUAUCACGGUGGACAACGCAUCAGUGCAGAUCUCGUCUCCAAGGAAUCCGGGUCUCAAGCGAAGAAAAAGCCAGGCGAAGAAGGUGGUGUGUAUACCUGCACCAGCAGCGGCAAAUAGCAGACCAAGUAGUGGAGAGGUAGUUCCGUCUGAUCUGUGGGCUUGGAGAAAGUACGGUCAGAAACCCAUCAAAGGUUCUCCAUACCCAAGGGGCUACUAUAGAUGCAGCAGCUCCAAGGGUUGUUCAGCGAGGAAACAAGUAGAGAGAAGCAGGACAGACCCAAACAUGCUGGUCAUCACUUACACUUCAGAGCACAACCAUCCAUGGCCGACUCAACGCAACGCUCUCGCCGGCUCAACCAGGUCUCAGCCUUCCAAGAACAACAACAACGCUUCCAAGAACAACAGCGUCAACAAUUCUGAUCAAGCUUCGACGAAGCCGAAGGAGGAAGAGGAGCAGCAGCAGCAGCAAGAUCAUCAUCAGAGAGGGAAAAGCUCAUCAUCAUCAGUGAAGGAGGAGAUGGAGAUGGAAGAUAUAGCAGUGAUGAACCAGAAUGAUCAAGAGCUUGAGAAAAUGAUGAUGAUGGAAGAUGAUAAUAAUAGAUCAGAAGGAGUGGGAUACAAACCAUGUAUGUUGGAGAGUAAUAAUAAUAAUAAUCAGUCUUGUGAGGAUUUCUUUGCAGAACUGGGAGAGAUUGAAGCUGACCCACUCAAUCUCUUGUUCACUCAAGCAGGUUUCAAUGAAGAGCAUCAGAAUCAUGACCGUCAGAGAGAAUCCAAAGCUUUAGAUCCUUUUCAUCUCUUUGACUGGUCAUCAUCAUCAUCAGCAUCAGCAGAUAUUCACAGCACCACCACCACCUCAUUUGAAGAACCAAAGAGAGGGUUAUAACAAGACCUUGAAGAAACAAAUUUAUUAUUCAUUAAACUCACAAUUAUAUGAUCAUACCUUAAUUAAUAUCCUCCCUCUAUAAUAUAUUUUUUUACCUUUCUUUC